AAGAUAUAGUACCACUAUUAUUAACAAAAAGGAAAAACAAAAUUAUAGUACCUAUAGCAAUUGUACUACUACUCUUUGUUUUCCUCUUCAUUUGUUUUGAGAAAAAUAAUCUAAAGUAUAGAAGAUGGCUAUUUCAACAAAGCUAUGCCUCAAUCUCUCCCCACAACCUCCUCCUACUUCUAAUUAUAAUCAUAAUAAUAACUUAAUUCCUCCACCCUCUCAAGUUUCUUGGCAACGAAAAGAAAAAUCAUGGAAAAAUCAAUGUGCAUUAGGGAUGGCAUGUGUUGUAAUUAUUGGAUUAGAAUUUGACAGCUCAAUUUUAGGUAAUCAAGAAAGUACGAUUGCGAUCGCCGGAGACAUGCAAAUACAAUAUGUCGCCGGAAAAUCAAUACAAAAAUGGAGUGAGAAAAGAUCGUGUCCACCGUGGAACGUGAACUCGUUAGAAACCAUCGUGCCGGAAAACCUACCGAGGCCGGUGACUCGCCGGAGAUGGGAAAACGUUGAUUAUAAUACUACUGCUCAAUCUGCACCUGAAGUGAAAUUAGUGACAAAAUUUAGUAAAGGGUGUUUCACUAUGUGAACAUACUAAUUAAAUUUAAUGUGUAUACAUAGAUAAGGAGUUCAACUGAAUUUCCUUCGUUGAUAAUAGGACAAAAUAUUUUUCCCGUUUUAUAUGAACAUGUAAAUUCUGUGAUAUAAUAAAACAUUCAGUAUAGUUAUAAUUUGUAUAAAGUUAUUUUAAAAAGUUGAUUUA